AUGGAUAGGUUCAAGUUUCACCUUAAGCUUUACAUUAGAUAUUCUGAUUUACAAGAUGCUUCUAAAGAAGCCCAACUAACCGAACAAGGCUUUGAAGCAUCGUCAUUCAUGCAGCUACCAAAGGCAUAUAAAGUUCAUGCGCCUGAAAUUGACUACAAGAGUGAUGACCGUCCACUUUGA